CCUCUUGCGCAUCCGUUGGCACAAAAGAAACUCGUCAAGAAACUUCACAAAACGAUAAAAAAAGCUUCCAAAGCGCGGCAAGUAAAGCGCGGAGUGAAGGAGGUGGUGAAAGGGAUACGCAAGGGCGAGAAAGGACUCUUGAUUCUUGCAGCAGACAUCAAUCCAAUCGACAUUAUCUCCCAUUUACCUGUGCUGAGCGAGGAGGCACAGAUACCAUACAUCUUUGUUGCGUCCAAGGAAGAACUUGGUCAUGCGAGUUCUACUAAGCGGCCAACAAGUUGUGUAAUGGUGUGUCCCAAUCAAAAACGGAAAAUCAAACAGAAGGAGGGUGAAGAGGUUGAUAAGGAUGAUGAUUACCGGGAGGUCUAUGAGGAGUGCUACAAGGAGGUGGAGAAGCUGAAUAUGAGGGUGCUGAUUUAA